CAGGCCACACCCCGGUGAUGCCGGCCCGUGGUUCGCAAGUGCGCAAGCGCGCGCGCCCUCCGCGCAUGAGCAGUGCUCCUCCAAGCCCGCCAGCCACGGUCUCCGGCGCCAGCUACGCCGCGGCCGCUGUCACUAUGGCCCAUUACAAAGCCGCCGACUCGAAGCGCGAGCAGUUCCGGAGGUACUUGGAGAAGUCGGGGGUGCUGGACACGCUGACCAAAGUGUUGGUAGCCUUAUAUGAAGAACCAGAGAAACCUAAUAGUGCUUUGGAUUUUUUAAAGCAUCACUUAGGAGCUGCUACCCCAGAAAAUCCAGAAAUAGAGUUGCUCCGCUUAGAACUGGCAGAAAUGAAAGAAAAAUAUGAAGCUACUGUAGAAGAAAAUAAAAAACUGAAAGCAAAGAAUGGCAACAUAUGGGUUGGAUAAUCACACCUUAAGUGGAAAUGACCUGCUUUUAACUGCUGUACCAUCCAGUGAUGUUUCAGAAUUUGGGGUCAGCCUGGCUUCUGGAGAGCCUCUUCAACAUUUCUAUCAAGGAUUUGGAUGAAGACUGUGUAUAUACUCAAUGGAUUAGAAAAUGGAUCUCUUCAGUCCUGCUAUACUUCAGCUGACUUAUCUAUAAAAUAUAGAUUUCACAUCUUGCCUACCUCACAAGGUUAUUGUUAGGAUCAAAUUAAAUAUCAUGAAUGUAACAAGUGCCUUCAAAACUGCAAAAGAAUUACAUACAGAUCAGGAGGUAAUAAUGCCAAAUGUGUGAGUGCCGCAAAAUUGGAAGGGCUGGUUGGUAGACAAUAUUGGAACAAAUUUUAAAAUGGUUAUCUAUCUAGAGUACCCAAAUGCUGGGCCCAAACCACAAGUUGAAUAUCAAAUCUUAGAAAUGUAGUUAUACUAGUUUAGGCAAUAAGAUUGCCAACAAAAUAGUUCCAGUGAUGGCCAGUGUGAACUACUUAUAUUCUGUAGAUACUUAAAAAAAAAAAAAUCCAUUCUGGAAAGGAUUAGGGGAAAGAAUACUGUGUGGGUCAGUACUGCUCUGUAAGUGCCAGACAUUGGAAACUUGAAUGCAUAUAAAGGAAGAACAGCCAAUAGGGAAAGGGGAUUUGAAAAUAUAAGGCUGUGCUGUUCAAUAUGGUUGCUAUUAGCUGCAUGUGGCAGUUAAAAUUAAAUAAAAAUAAUUCAGUUCCUUAGUCACACUGGCAAUGGGUCUAGUGCUCAAUCCACAUGUGGCCAGUGGCUACCAUAUUGAACAGCAGAAAUUCAGAACAUUUCUAUCAUUACAGAAAGUUCUAUGGAACAGUUCCAUAGAAGGAAUAGUUGAGAGAACUUAAGAUGUUUAGUGUGGAACAGAGAAGACUGUCUUGGUGGGUUAAUGAAGACUGCAGUUUAAUAUUUGAAGGGCCGUUAUGAAAACAUAUUGUGUUCCAUUUUAGGCUUCAGAGUAUGAUUAUUGACUUGAAUAAGAAAGUUUUAAGCAAAACUCUACCCCAAUGGAAUAGCUGCCUUUUGAGAAAGUGAGCUCUCCUCCUUUGGAAUAUAGUCCUAGAUGUGCAUGAAGUGUACUCUGCCUUCAUAAUCUGCCUUGGAAAACCACCCCAACCUUUUAAAAA